GUAUAAGAUCAGACUGGCCAGCUGCGCUGGCUGCACCCCUCUCGCCAUCUAAACUCUUUGAUCGUUUAACUUGGUGAGUGACGGUGGCUUUGAGUCGACAUAUUUACCUACUUGUAUAUAAGCACCGUACCCAGCGCUUGGGAAGGGUCUACGAAGAUCCACACACCUGAGAACUCCCACAAACUCCAAUCUACGACUCCCAACAUGACAUCCCUCACCUUCAAGACAGCCCUGACAGCGGGCCCCCGCGCCCUCCUCGCCCGCCAAUCCCUGCAGUCUACCCCGAUCGCCCUGUCUAGGGCAUUCCACCAGACGCGCAACCGUCAGAACCGGAGCACCAUCCUCCCCGAGUUCAGCCUCAAAAACCGCGUGAUCGUCAUCUCGGGCGGCGCCCGGGGCGUCGGCCUGACGCAAGCCGAAGCGCUGCUCGAAGCUGGCGCCGUGGUGCAUGCCCUCGACCGUCUCCCGCAGCCCGAACAAGGCAGCGACUUCUCCCGCAUCGCCGAGCGCGCCGCGUCGGAGCUGGGCUCCCGCAUGAGCUAUCACCGCGUCGAUGUGCGAGACCAAAAAGCCCUCGGCCAGAUUGUCGGCGGCAUCGCCGACAAGGAGGGCCGCAUCGACGGCUUGGUUGCCGCGGCGGGCAUUCAGCAGGAGACCCCUGCUCUCGAAUACACGGCUGAGGAUUCGGACAAGAUGCUGGGUGUUAACGUGACGGGGGUGUUCAUGACGGCGCAGGCGGUGGCGCGGGAGAUGAUCAAGCGCAAGCAAAAGGGAAGCUUGGUGCUCAUUGGCAGUAUGAGCGGGACGGUGGCGAACAGAGGGCUGAUUUGUCCGGCGUACAACGCAUCCAAGGCCGCCGUGUUGCAGCUCGCUCGCAACCUUGCUGCCGAAUGGGGUCCAGACAUUCGCGUUAACAGUCUCAGUCCAGGCUACAUUCAAACGGACAUGACUGCAGGACUCUUCGAAGCAGUUCCCGAGAGACGGACGGCGUGGCCAGACGCCAAUAUGCUCAAGCGGCUGAGCUACCCAGAGGAGUACCGAGGCGCGGCCGUCUUCCUUCUCAGCGACGCCAGCAGCUUCAUGACCGGGGCAGAUCUCAGAAUCGACGGAGGCCACUGCGCUUGGUAACGAGGACGACAGCAUCCGAAAGGUAUCGAGACAACUUGGCCAAUUUUGACACGGUCCGGGUAUCGGAGUGGUAGUGUACAUGAAGUGAAGGGCGUGGGUUCCGGUCUUGGUCUCAUGGUAAAUCCAUCCACUGGCAUCCAGGUUUCAUCUAGCAGUGCAAGCCAGAUUUUUCCGUCAUAGUCGUUCACGAUGCCGGAGUCACGAUCCCCUGCGGGCCCAGCCUCGCGACAACACCAGGCUUGAGCCCUAGCCGUGACUCAAUGUCUCUUGCUGAAGCGCCUCCCUGCUGUAGUACCAGUAUUUGCUUGACCGUAGCAAUGUCCAGAAACUCCUUCCCCUUGUCGGUCGACUUG